UCGCCAAUGCUGCUGGCUUCACACCAGUCAGUUUCGUUCCUGAAAACACAUUCAACAUGCGAGAGAAAGCAACGGGCGUUUGGGCUUGCAGGUACAUUCUAAGUAUAUAUGUAUUAUUAUGUACCGAAGUUUGUUUUAGUUAUUAUAAAUGUUUCACAACGCAUAUGGGUUAUGCUACGUCCACGUUUUUGGUAUGUCGUCGUGCUAUGGGUGCACAUCCAAGAUAACAGAGAACUGAUUCUCAGCUGUUCUGGUUACUGCAAUGAAUGGUAACACUAUCCAUCAGGCUACGACCACAGCUUCGGUUUCAGCGCCUCGUGGCUGGAGGGAGUUCUGCGAGUUGCAUGCCAUUGCCACGGCCCGAGAACUAGCCAACCACUACUGGAACUUUGCCAGGGAGUGGCCAGUGCACGAUGUCGUCCCACCAGACAGCUUCUCCAAGCAGUUCAAUGAGCUGUUCCAACAGCACUUCCACAGUGAGGUGGCCAAAGAACUCCCUGCAUCGACCCCUCCCCCCCUUCCCCCUCCCCCCAUGAUGGGCCGGCUCCGCAUCACCACCACCUCCGGAGCACUGGACUACAGGGAGGCGGGCCGGCCUGGCGUGCUGGCCCCAAAGACGGAGCCCGUGCCGACGAGCCGGGAGCAGGGGAACCCCAUCCGGUGCUCGGCAGCUAACCCGGUGCUACGAGCUCGAGCUCCCAUCCGGAGCCGCAGCCAGGAGGAGGUGUCUGUGUCGGAGGGGUGGCCUGCAUCUGAACGGUACACCCCCACCUCGACUUCCUUCUCCACUGCUGCUGAAGUUACGCACUUCUCUGUCAGCCAGAUCAGGAAAAGCGUGUGCCGUCUCUUUAAGAAGCGCCCGCCGCCCCUUCAGGACCUGCAGCCCAGCAGGCCGGUGGACAGGGGAAUGGGUGGGGCACUGGAGGAAGUGACGGCCUUAUCGUCGUCAGCGCUGACUGGGAACCCCUCCCACGAGACCACGCCCUCUGCCUUCCCCACGUCGACGGCGGCCCACUUCCUAGAACGGCUGAAUAGCAGGUUUGUCCGUAGGCAGAGUGGGAAGCGCAGGCCGCAGGCUGCAAGCAGCUGCAAGGAGGGCCAGCUGAAGUACCUGGUGGUUGACGACACUAUCUCGGACACACAGCAUCGCUGGCAGCGCUGCCGCCUGCUUGUGAGGAAGAUCAGGGAGGGCCUGGCAGGAGAGAGGUUCCAGCUGGAGCUCUAUGACCCCCCCAAGGGCUCCAGUCCUAAACUGACAGCACUUUGCUCAGACAUCCUGGAGAUCCGCCGCUGCAACUGUCUGGAGAUGCCUGACAACACAAACACGUUUGUUCUAAAGGUUAAUCACUAUCCAGGUAGUCUCAUAUUUGAGACCGACAAUGACCAACAGGUCAGCUCCUGGACAACAGAAAUUAAAGAAUGGAUAAACAACAGGUCUGGAAGCGGGGAUUUGGAAUGUCUAACCUACCCUAUGGACAAUGCUGCGACGGCCAACCGGAGAGGGAGCUCCGAGUCAGGGAGUCAGGGCUCUGCGACCUUUGCCCUCUCGGAGCAGGUGUACCAUAAGACUGACCACUUCCUGUGUUUGUACCCCUGGUUCCACGGCCCCAUCUCGCGGGUCAAGGCUGCCCACCUGGUCCAGAACUCGGGCCUGGAGGGCCACGGAGUCUUCCUGGUGAGGCAGAGUGAGACCCGCCGCGGAGACUAUGUCCUCACCUUCAACUACCAGGGCAAGGCCAAGCACCUGCGUCUGUCUCUAACAGAGUGUGGUCAGUGUAGGGUGCAGCAUCUGCGCUUCCCCUCCGUCAUGGACAUGCUCAGUCACUUCCGCCUCUACCCCAUACCCCUGGAGUGUGUCGCUGCCUGCGACGUCACCCUCACCAGCUUUGUGGUGGCCAAUUCUACCGCACAAGGUCAGAGUUCAUCCGCUGUCCUGGUUCCAUUCUCCCUGCACCGCUGGAGCUCCGAACCCAGCCUAGCCCACUGCAGCCCCAGCCUGCUCCCCUCUCCAGACCCCCUGCCCCAGCCCAGGCUCCCUCUCCUACGCCCUGCUCCCUUCCCAGACCUUUCCACCUCGGGUCCCCUGCGUCGGAGCGAGUCUGUGGGCCGCAGACCUCUGCUGCGUCACCCCAACCCCCACCCACCCCUCACUCAACGGGACUCCGACUACGAACUGGAGCCAGACAGAGGACGCAAGCGGGCCAUCGACAACCAGUACAUGUUCCUCUAACCGGGGCCACAAGCGGUCCAUCAACAACCAGUACAUGUUCCUCUAACUGGUGGACCCCCGGUCACAGCCGACCCAGUGGUGGCUCUGAGACUCCAAACGAGCGAAGGACAGACUCAUGAGUGAACGUGUAUGCCACAGUGGAGGUCUGUCUCGUGGGGUGGGUGUUAGAGGUCCGACCCGAGUGUCCAUUGUGAAUGUAUUUUUAGGAAAGUGUCUAAUCUUGUUAUGAUUGUCAUUUUCUGAAGCGGCUGUCGUGGUCCUUCUAAGGGACGUUGCUACAUGGGAGUGAGUGGCGCUGGUGUGGAAGGUCUUCCCUCAGUCCCUCCCUUCACACAUACACACUCCAUUUUAAAGUGUAUUCUAAUGUUCUUUGAUACGCUGUGUAUCUCAAAUGCACACAUUGUGUACUUUUAAACACUGUGUAUUUUAGGACGCAGACUAUUUUUGUAGGAAUAUAUGAAGGUGUUGGAAAAAUAAAAUAAAAAAACCUUAACUGUGAUGAAUUUAGGACUGUUACGGUGACCGUAUUACUGCCACACCAGCGGUCACGAGUCAUAUUCCAUGUGACUAGCCUUCUCCUAAACUGCGCUCUGAUGCUCAUUAGUAGGCUACUAAACAUGCUUACUGCCAGUCGCUAAUGGCCUGGUACUCAGCACUCUGACAUCAAUGCAAAUGUCAUUGAAAAUCAAACACUUCAUGAGAGCUCAUGUUGCACAACAUUUCAAUAGGCUAUGCAAUUGCGUGAGAAAAUAGUUUUGAUGGCCUCUAUUAAAGAGGCACAGCUUUCUAUAGGCUAGGCCUACUAUAUUUCUCAACUUUCCUAAUAUUAACCACAUUGGCUAUACUCCUGCUGUAAAGAGAAGCAAACUGGCUGUAAUGAAAAUGAAACACCGGAAAAUCAUCCUCCAUUCGCUAUUUUAAGUGCAUAGAUUACAUAUUCUUUGCCCCUGUUCCGACAGGUGCAAGAUAAUGGUCCAUCACUAAUUUCACACAUGUAAAGAUCAGAUUAGUCUGAUGGGUGACAAUAUUAGGCUAUCACUCAUGAAUGAUGCCCAGGGUGUGCAAUAAGGUAAGAAACAGAGCAUGCUUUUUUUUGCAACUUUUUCUAAUCAUAGUCGCACAUGUCAUGUAGCCUAGCCCAUGAUAAGAUUUGUAACUAAAGCACAUUACGGUGUAUAGACCAACUGACAUACAGUACCGUUCAAAAGUUUGGGGUCACUUAGAAAUGUCCUUGUUUUUGAAAGAGCACAUUUUUUUGUCCAUUCAAAUAACAUCAAAUUGAUCAGAAAUACAGUGUAGACAUUGUACACAUUCCAGCUACAAUAGUCAUUAAAGGCCCAUUAUCAGCAACCAUCACGCCUGUAUUCCAAUGGCACGUUGUGUUAGCCUUUUAAAAUUAUAAACUUGGAAUAGCUAAUUGAUCAUUAGAAAACCCUUUUGUAAUUAUGUUAGCACAGCUGAAAACUGUUGUCCUGAUUUUAAAGAAGCAAUAAAACUGGCCUUCUUUAGACUAGUUCAGUAUCUGGAGCAUCAGCAUUUGUGGGUUCGAUUACAGGCUCAAAAUGGCAAGAAACAAAGAACUUUCUUCUGAAACUCGUCAGUCUAUUCUUGUUCUGAGAAAUGAAGACUAUUCCAUGCGAGAAAUUGCCAAGAAACUGAAGAUCUCGUACACCGCUGUGUACUACUCCCUUCACAGAACAGCGCAAACUAGACUCUAACCAGAAUAGAAAGGAGUGGGAGGCCCUGGUGCACAACUGAGCAAGGAGGGAGUAGUACACAGCCUUCAGGAUUAGCUAACACAACACAGGAGUGAUGGUUGCUUAUAAUGGACCUCGUAUGUAGAUAUUCCAUAACAAAAUCCGCCGUUUCCAGCUACAAUAGUCAUUUACAACAUGUCUACACUGUAUUUCUAAUCAAUUUGACGGACAAGUGCUUUUCUUAAAAAAAAAAGACAUUUAAGUGACCCCCAAACUUUUGAACGGUAGUGUUUAUCAAAAGUAAGACAAAAAGUCAUUUAAUAUGAAAACACAGAAUCCCAAACAAUUUUCAGAAAUAUGAGAGUUGUGCAGUGAGAUGUUUUUGUAAUUUUCACCAUAAAAAUGCACAUUUUUAUAAUAAAGCAUUACAUGUCUAAUUGCAUUUUGUAGACUUAUGUAAGAUGGCUUACUAUUUGUAAUGUGAUGAGUAGGGUAGAUAGUCAUCUAGGCUAAUAAUAUAACUGAAUCACUGUUCGUAAAAAAAAAAAAGAAGACCGUUUCAGUUCAUUGCUGAGCGUGUAUAGCAGGCCUAGGCUAUAUCGGAUACGUUUCAUCUUUGCAUGUGAAAAAUGUUGCCUUUUUAUAAACAUGUCAUGCAAUUCUACUACACUUUAUAUGGCUGGAGACAUUAGCAUCUUUUUUAAUAGGACAAAUUAAAAUGAGUAGCCUACUCAGCUGACAGUGACAAAGUUCCUGACGUUGACCAUAUAAUAGGCCUACGAGAUGCAUAUGUCCAUCUAAACUGGAGGAAAUCAUUUUUCAAAAACAAACUAGUGUCUCUGACCCAACAAUGUUCACUCAAGUUGAGAAUUUAUGACAAUUAGUCCUUUCACUGUCUUCUUUUUACAACAUUAAUAAUUUGCUUUCCAAACUGUUUUCCCGCCAUUUGUAUUUUGAAAUAUUGCUAUAUGCCUGGCUUGGCCUCUAAUUUUCAGACAGUCGCAACUCGUGAACUGCCUUAUCUUCCAACUAUAGGCAAUGCGAUUUAAAACAAUCCACUUUUUUAGUAGGACUAUCCUCUGGCAAAAUCAUGCUUUUUAGUAACCUAUUUUGAAUGAUUUAUUUCUGUAUAGACAGGUUUAGGCUAAUUAGGCUAUAUAAUUUUGGGAACAUUAAUCAAAUUUAUUUUGGGAAAAUCUUAGCUUCCCCUAGUCUUAUGGACACGCUGCCUAUGCUUGCAUAUUAAAAAUGUAACUGCACGCAACCUCCAUAUGCUAUUAGAGUGCAGGCUACAGAUUACAUGGUUUUUUUGUGGGCCAUCCUAAUAAUAAAAUUAUUCCACACAUAUUAGUAGGCUAUAUGUAAAGACCAUAUUAAAUUGAGAAUAGGCUGAGAUUAACAAGUGCUUGUCAAAUUGUGACAGACUGAAGUAUGUAGCCUGCCCAAGAAACAGAGCUAAUGCCUUUCAAGCAACUAUUAAAAAUCAAAACAUAUUCCUACUAAAGUUGCAUUAAAGAAAACUAAGCAUAUAGCAGUACCUAUAUGUUAACCACUCAACAUAGAAUAGCCACAUGUGUGCACUCCCUCAAGGAUAUUUUAUUCAGCAAUGCUCAGUUAUAUUCUUCACACUAUAAAAUAAUGCCACGCAUUUCCAAGCAUAUCUUGUCCGCUAAAUGAACUAGUGUAGCCCACAGCCAUAUCAGGGACUAACAUAAUUACUCAGUAUGCUAUUCUGUUCUUCUGAAAUAGACUACAUUUUCUUCAUAUCAUGUUUCUUUAGACCUGUCAAAAAUAAAUAAUGGAUUUAAUGUGAUUGUGUAAGUCAAUUACCGUAGAGCCCAGCAGUUAUUGGCUUGACAAUCACCGGCUGACAAUUUCAUGAUCUCCACAGCCCUAAAUGAGCCUUCCAUGUAGGUUUGGAAGAGGCUCAUAGUUGGGGUGUGUUGGUGCUAAACCUCAAGAGAUGUGACUGAAUAAAGGAGAUGACCCCCAAAAUAAAGGGUUUGGGAGGGGACAUGAAACCCAACCUAGUCUAUGGUCCUCAACACUCAGGUUUUGUACAUCAGUUGUACAACUUUUCACACAAUGGUUGAUACGACAGUUUGUCUACCCCAAAAAGUUUACACAACCCUUGUGUAAACAUUUAUUUAUUUUUAAACUUACCGUUGUAUCAAGCCAUUGUACAUCAGUUGUAAAACCUGAAUGUGUACAGGGCCAAAGAUUAGUGUAUUAAUUUCCUAUCAGCAUUAAACAGAAAGGUCCUUACCUGUGCUCUCCAUCUCUACCAGGAAGUGAAGGAUAACUCAUCCUGGUCCUUUCUGAAGGCAUUUUGUUGCUAGUAAAAUGUUUGCAGAUGCUACAUUUGAAUGUUUGUCUAUGGCUUCUUAAUCGAGCUCUAGAAAGCGACAAACCUCAAAGAAAACGUCACUCACUCGCUCUUACUAAGAACCCAUGUGUGUGCGGUGGCUUAACACCACAUUGUAAGCAACCAUUCUGGUGUACAUUUGUUAAUUUUCACAAUGUGUUGAAUAAUUCACCAACAUACCAAUACACUUCACUUUUCUGUAUGUACCUCUUUCCCCUUGCUUAACACUAACUUAGCAGUGAAACUUUUGUCAGCGACUCAUCAACCUCGAUGUCAUGCAGUAUUUAUGGCAAUGUUUAUCACUGGGUUUCCUGUUUAAGAAAUGCACAAAGGCAGGUUGAUCUCCUUAUACAUGAUCAGGAAAUCAACUUGCCAUGAAAGGAGAUUUUAUUUGCAUUGCAUAAUUGAGCUACAAAUGUAUCAAGGGUAUCUUCCAAUAUUGAAACUGAUAUUAAGUGGUGGGGAUAGACAAUUGCAAAGUACGGUUGGUCUCCUGCGCUUAAGUUUAAACCCAAACGUCUGUUCUGCAAAAGGAAAUCAACGGUAUCAUUGACUUAUCAGUCCCUCUCUGACCUGUAGCGAGAGAGAAAGACUACUUCGCCUGAAAGCUGCUGUUGCUUUAACCCUUUGAACCUCAGGGCGUAACAUUAGGAAUUAGUGCAAUAACAUAUUUCCCAUGAUUUAGCUUAACGCUUUACAUUAUAGCAACAAACAAUUCAUACUUGGCAUCUAGCAAUAAAGAUCACCCCUACUUAUGUCAGUGUCAUGGCAAGCUUGGAAUGCAUUCCAUUACUGCACACGUGGGUUGCUCACGACUGUCUGCACAUAGGUUUGUCAUAUACUCCAAAGAAAGUGCAAAUGGAUUGCCAUCAAACACAUAGAAACGAUGUUUGAUGCCAUUACCACGUGCCCAUCCUCGCCAAUUAAAAGGUGCCUCCAUCCUCCUGUGCUCAGGUAUUAGAACAUUUGCUUGCAAGCAUUUAUUUUGGCCCCUCAGCCACGCCUUGGCUGACAUUGUACAUUUGAGUUCAACUGACGAAUGCAUGUCUUCUCAAUACUGUUGAUUCUAUUUAUGUAUUAGCACUGUAAACAUUCCAUAACUAAGUAAACCACCCCAAAGCUUUUUCUGUCGAUCUUUGAUCAAUUGUUACAUUUCCCUGUUAUAAGCAUUCUAAAUUUAUAUAAACUGUAUAUUUUACUUUUGGAAAAUAAAGCUAACCAAAACAAA